AUGGGCUGCUGUGGCUGCGGCGGCGGCUGCGGCGGUGGCGGCUGCGGCGGUUGCGGCGGCUGCGGCGGUGGCUGCGGCGGCGGCUGCGGCGGCGGCUGCACCACCUGCAGGUGCUACCGGGUGGGCUGUUGCUCGGCCUGCUGCCCCUGCUGCUGCGGCUGCUGUGGGGGCUGCUGCAGUACCCCCGUGGUCUGCUGCUGCCGCCGCUCCUGUCGCUCCUGUGGCUCGUGUGGCUGCGGCUCGUGUGGCUGCGGCGGUGGGAAGGGCUGUUGCCAGCAGAAGUGCUGUUGCCAGCAGAAGAGCUGUUGCAAGAAGCAGUGCUGCUACUAG